AUGGCAUUCGAAGCUACAGGCAUGAGAACAGGUGGAGAAUGGUCUUCCGCACUUUUGUGUACAGGCUCCAUGUUCAAUUUCCUGACCUUUGGGUACUCUCAUGGCACAGCAGGAGCGCCUGCAGUUAUGUCCACAUGCCAACACGACCUAGCAAGUUUCUUCGCAUAUAUACGCGUCACUAUUAACAUCUGUAUGGCAGGCGACAAUAACAGUAUGAUUACAGCGCGGAACCUGCUUUUUUUACAAGUAUGGGGCACUGGACGAGAUCGGGAUUUUGAGCUUGCCAACAUGGAAGAGUGGCCAUCGAGUGUCCGCAUGGAAGAAUUCGUUUUGUAUCAUGAACGGGGAUAUUACACCUUUUUGGGCAAGGGUCACCACAGUGUUUUGGGCAAGAAUGUGUGCAGCCAUUUAGUGGUCGAGGACAAGUUUCCGAGCAAUAGACAACCUUGUAAAGUACCUCCGAAUGACCAUUUUGCCUGCAGGGAUGACCGCAUUGAAGGCGCCUGUCGCAUUGGAGACUGCAUCCCCCUUCAGGUGAGAGUUGCAGGAAGUGCUCUGGCUCUAUGA